AGUCAUAGUCCGAGCGCCCUCUGUCGCGCAGCUGCCUUAAGGGCUUGGGAAGGAGCGCGGAGGCCGCAAUCUCACCUCAGCGAAGCGCUCCGCUCCCUCCUUUCCUUUCCGCCCCGAGGCCUGCUCGGGAACUGCAGCUCCCAGAGGCCUUUGCGGCAGCUCCGUCGCGCUCCGCUCCGCCCGGGUUCAGCGCGGUGCAUGGUGGGACGGCAGUUCCAAAAUGGACCAUCACCACCACCACCACCGGGAUGCUCCGGGGAAGGCCAGUCGGUGGUUUGGGGUCGCGCAGUCGAAAUCGGCCAAGACGACGGCGAAUAUCCUGCAGCAAGAGGAGCUGAUAGCGCAGAAAAAGAGAGAGAUCGAGGCCCGGUUGGAGCAGCAGGCCCGGCAGAGCGCGCUGAGCCUGCAGCAGCUGCCGCUGCUCGGAGAAGAUGACGGGACUGAAAACGAAGCCUCUGUUUCCAACAAGUUUGUCAAUGAUGGCAGUUUCCUCCAGCAGUUUCUCAAGCUGCAGAAGGAAAAGUCGAGUACUGAACCUCCCCCAAGUUCUACUAAUAACUCGGCAAACGCUGCUGCACCAAAUGUUGGGAAGAAACCUUUGCUGUUUGGGAAGCGGCCCGGUCAGGUCCUGAGCAGCAUGCUGCAGCAAGCGAAGAACUACUCCCAUUCCAAACAGACCCCAGUCGUUAACCGCCUCAGUGUGUUUCAGUCGCCAGAUGAAGAUGAGGAGGAAGAUUAUGAGCAGUGGUUGGAAAUCAAAGUUUUACCCCCAGAGGAUGCGGAGACCCGCCAGGUGGUGGAAAAGCUGGCUAGGUUCGUGGCUGAAGGGGGACCAGAGUUAGAGAAGGUCGCUAUGGAAGACUACAAGGAUAACCCAGCGUUUUCGUUUUUACAUGAUAAGAACAGCAGAGAAUUCCUUUACUACAGAAAGAAAGUGGCAGAGAUAAGAAAAGAGAAUCAAAGUUCUCAGGCAUCCUCUUCUCAGAAAGUUUCACCCCCAGAGGAUGAAGAGACAAAGAACUUUGCUGAGAAACUCGCCCGGUUCAUAGCAGACGGGGGUCCUGAGGUGGAAGCAAUUGCCUUGCAGAACAACCGUGAGAACCAUGCUUUCAGGUUUUUAUAUGAGCCAAACAGCAAAGGCUACAAAUACUACCGGCAGAAACUGGAGGAGUUCCGGAAGGCCAAAACCAGUGCUGCAAGUGCUGCAAGCGCUCCCGUGCCUGCAGAGCCCAGUCUGAAAAGGAAGACCAGUCCUGAGGCGUCUCCAUCCCCCCUGUGCUUAUCGUCUCUGCCGUUACCUGCACCCACCACACCUUUGCCUUUGCCCUUACCCCUCCCUGUGCCCUCACCUUUGCCCUUGCCCGUCCCCUCGCCCUUACCCGUGCCCUUACCCAUCCCCACACCGCUGCCCGUGCCCUUACCCGUCCCCCAGCCGUUGCCCUCACCUUCACCAUCAUCCUCUUCAACUCCACCUAAUCAGACGGCUACAGCUACUGCUGCAACAACCACUGCAGCUGCAGCAGGCACCACUAAAAAGAAGCGGAAGAGCAGGUGGGGGCCAGAGGAAGACAAGGUUGAACUGCCCCUACCGCAGCUCAUCCAGCAGCUGGAUUCUCCCUCCCCUCUGUCAGUUCAGGACCUCAAGGGCCUCGGUUACGAAAAAGGGAAACCAGUUGGUUUGGUGGGUGUGACGGAGCUCUCUGAAGCCCAGAAGAAACAGCUGAAGGAGCAGCAGGAGAUGCAGCAGAUGUAUGACAUGAUUAUGAAGCACAAGCAAGCCAUGCAGGAAAUGCAGAUGAUGUGGGAAAAGGCAAUUCAGCAGCACCAGCACGGCUACGACAGCGAUGAAGAAGUGGACAGUGAGCUGGGAACGUGGGAGCACCAGCUGCGACGCAUGGAGAUGGACAAGACCCGAGAGUGGGCUGAGCAGCUGACCCAGAUGGGCAGAGGGAAGCAUUUCAUUGGAGACUUCCUUCCACCAGACGAGCUGGAAAAAUUCAUGGAGACAUUCAAGGCUCUGAAGGAAGGACGUGAACCAGAUUAUUCUGAGUACAAAGAGUUCAAACUGACUGUGGAAAACAUAGGUUAUCAAAUGCUGAUGAAGAUGGGCUGGAAGGAAGGCGAGGGGCUCGGUUCGGAUGGACAGGGGAUUAAAAACCCAGUCAGCAAGGGGACCACUGCUGUGGAUGGUGCUGGCUUCGGCAUCGACCGUCCUGCAGAGCUGACCAAGGAGGACGAUGAGUACGAGGCGUUCCGUAAGCGCAUGAUGCUCGCCUACCGCUUCCGCCCCAACCCUCUGAACAACCCACGGCGACCUUACUACUGAGAAUGUUUUUGGGACGGCGUGUUUGCCAAACAAUUGUCAUUUUUUACUGUGAAAAUGUUAUGAAAUCGCAUUAUCAUUCUCUUCUUUGCUGAUACUGAUGACUUCCUGAGGUCACGGUGCCAUCUCUCAGCCGGGAGAAAGGCUGCAGGCCUGCUCACCACGCGCUUCAGGGCCGCCAUGGCCGUUGUGAGGAGGCCUGGGUGGCAUCCAGAGGGGCAGCGGAGCGGGUGAGGAUGGAGACGUGAACGCAGUGCCCUGCUGAGAACCAGGGCAGCUCCAAAGAUCCCCGCAGCAUCAGGGGCUCCGAUCUCAGCGCUGUGUUACUGACAAAGAAUGCGUUCCUCGCGUAGCCGUAGAUCCUUUGUUCUUCAGAUGUGCAGCCUGUGCUGCUCCUUUUUAAUUGCAGAGAUAAAAAGGGACUGUCUGACCCUGCGCUGGGGGCUCCUGAGCGGCCUUUAUUCCCUGACAAACUGAGCUCCUGUGCUGUCGUGAAGCCAGAAGUGCAGCCUGACCUCCAGGCGACGUUGCACAACCAGUGCCUCCUCAUUGCACCUCUGCCCUCCAGAAGAGGAGGUUGGGAGCAGCGCGUGGAGCUGAGGGGCAGAGGGGAUUUCAUUCAGCUUCAGAGACAGCGGCCUCGUGCUUUGAACACUAAAUUCACCCACAGCUUCUGAGCAGAACGAGCCACCUGUGUGCAUCUGGACGUGGGUGACAAAAAGCCAAACUUUGCUCCACAGUUUAUCAAAGGCUGUUGGGAUUUUGUUGUCACAAAGAGAAACCGCUGCAAGUACAAAUUUCCCUCGUUCAUUCAUUCUGUAAAUAAAAUAAAGCUCAUUUGUUCCUUAGUUUUUAAUCAGUGACUUACUGGGCAGAGCGCUCUCACCAUGGCUGCCCCUGGAUCCAUUUCAUCUCCGAGAAAACAAAGUUUCUGCUUGUUUAUUUGUUUUGCCUUUCUUUUCCCUCAAUCCAAAUAUUUGGGAUGUGAUUCUCUUCUGUUCAUUUCUCUUCACGUCCCCCAGCCCAGGGCUUCACUUUCAAUAAAAACAUCUGAAACUCUGAAUUCAACAGGGGUUCC